CGCCCCGGCGGACGCGGCGAGGAGGCUUGGAAAAGCCGGCGCCGGAGUUAGAACUGGCGCAACCUCGGACUCGCCGCGGAGGGCCGGCGUCCCCGGGGCCGGGCCCGCGGCCGCGAGGGGAGCGGCUCUGGACCACGCCAUGGUGAAGAAUGUUCCGGAAAGGCAAAAAACGGCACAGCAGCAGCAGUUCCCAGAGCAGUGAGAUCAGUACCAAGAGCAAGUCUGUGGAUUCCAGCCUUGGGGGCCUUUCUCGGUCCAGCACUGUGGCCAGCCUCGACACAGACUCCACUAAGAGCUCGGGACAGAGCAACAGUAAUCUAGAUACCUGUGCAGAAUUUCGAAUAAAAUAUGUCGGUGCCAUUGAAAAACUGAAAUUCUCUGAGGGAAAAAGCCUUGAGGGACCCCUAGACCUGAUAAACUAUAUAGAUGUUGCCCAGCAAGAUGGAAAGUUGCCUUUUGUUCCCCUGGAGGAAGAAUUUAUUAUGGGAGUUUCCAAGUACGGUAUCAAAGUGUCAACGUCAGAUCAGUAUGACGUCCUGCACAGGCACGCUCUGUACCUGAUCAUCCGCAUGGUGUGCUACGAUGACGGCCUGGGGGCCGGGAGGAGCCUGCUGGCCCUGAAGACCACAGAUGCAAGCAACGAAGAGUUCAGCCUGUGGGUCUAUCAGUGCAACAGCCUGGAACAAGCACAAGCCAUCUGCAAAGUUUUAUCCACGGCUUUUGACUCUGUACUAACAUCGGAGAAGCCGUGAAUGCUGCAGCAGUGGAAGUCGACUUCAUCUGAAGGGCGCGCUGUUUCCUACCAGUGGUUCCCAGCCUGCAGUGCUGAGCCGUCGCGGACAGAUGAAGGAGUCCUUGGUCCUGCAUUUCCUGAAGAGAGUGCAAUGUAGAAGGCUGGUCAUUCACUUUUGUAUUAAAAUGUGUUGUAUCCGGCAGUGA